GAGAGGGAAUAGCAAGCAAGACAUGCAACAACAAUAGCAACCCGGGCACCCACGCACAAGGACAUUAACGAGGACAAUCAGUCAAGAUGAGUGAUGAUCAGACGCUCGCAGCGCAGAAUGAAGAUAAAGUUUGUCGUUGUCCCAGCAGACGACCAAAAAAGGAAACGAAAGCAAACAGCAGGCACAUCCUUAACUGAGCUGAGUCGGAAACCCUAGCAACAUGGCGGCGUAUUUCAUACUAAGCGCUCUGCUGCUCGCCAGUCCGGCCGUCUGGGGCAAGCCCACCUUUGGCCGGGAGCACGUCCACAUACGCAUACACCUGCCCGAAAGUGACGGCGGCGGCGGUCAUGAUCAUGGCCAUGGUCACGGCGGCGGCGGCGGCGGCGGCGGCGGCGGCGACAUUUCCGCUUAUGAGAUACACGAUCAUAGUCAUGGAGGUGGCGGCGGCGGCGGCGGCGGCGGCUACGGAGGUGGUGAUGUUGGCGGAUACGGCGGCGGCGGUCAUGUAAGCACCUUUGCCAUCAUCACCGAGAACCAUGGCUCCUCAGGUGGCGGUCAUUACGGCGGCGGCGGCGGCGGCGGCGGCGGCUAUGGCGGCGGUUACAGCGCCGGCGGACAUGACCAUGGACACGAUGAAGGCAAGCUGGCUGUGAUUGCAGCUGCUGCCGGCGGCGGUGGCGGACAUGGCGGCGGACAUGACUACAGCGGUGGACAUGGAGGUGGAGGUGGCCAUGACAGCGGCGUGGCGCACAUUGCGGCCAUUGCAGCCAGCUCGGAUGCCUCCUCACAUGGCGGCUACAGCGGCGGCGGUGGUUACAGCGGCGGCGGCGGCGGCGGUGGACAUGGUCACGGUGUGGCUCAGAUUGCGGCCAUUGCAGCCAGCUCGGAUGCCUCCUCACAUGGCGGCUACAGCGGAGGCGGCGGUUACAGCGGCGGCGGCGGUUACAGCGGAGGCGGCGGUGGUGGUGGACAUGGUCAUGGUGUGGCUCAAAUCGCGGCCAUUGCAGCCAGCUCGGAUGCCUCUGCGCACGGCGGCAGCGGCUACGGCGGCUACAGCGGCGGCGGCGGCGGCGGUGGACACGGCGGCGGUCAUGAUGAUGCGCACUUGGCCGCUGUGAUAGCUGCCUCCACCUCCUCCUCCUCCUCCUCCGGUUCACAUGGUUCCGGAAAUGUGGGCUACAGCAGCUAUGCAGCGCCCGCCAGCGGCUGGGCUGGCUCCGCCGGCAGCGCUGGCUACUCCGGCUACAGCGGAGGCAGCAGCUACAGCAGCGGCGGCAGCUACAGCAGCGGGGACAGCUACAGCAGCGGCGGCGGCGGUGGCUACAGCGGCGGACACGAUGAUACCCAAGUAGUUGCCGCAGCUGCUGCUGGCGGCGGAUCACAUGGCGGCGGCGGCGGCGGCAGCGGCGGCUACAGCUACUCGGCGCCCACGGGUGGCUGGUCCGGCGGCGGCGGCGGCGGCUGGUCCUAGGCAGGAGCCACUCUGGCCAUUGGUCGUCUAGUCUAUGUUCAUGUUCAUAUGGCCCAUUGGAUAUAAGUUAUGAUUCGCUCACAGUCCAACAUCAUCUCCUCCAGCAUCUGCAUCCGCAUCUGCAUCCGCAUCUUCUUCGUAU